UGCCAUGGUUUUGAUGGAGUGAGACAUUGCCAUCAAGGGAGCAGCCACCAAAAAAGUUGGAAACCGUUGUAUUAGAGCAAAUUGCUUUGAAUUCAGUUGCUUAAAUAACACCAAACUACAUAAUGGAUGGAAUAGACACCUUGCAGAGCUCAGCCUCAGAGACUAAGGCUGAACGAAUUGCUCGCUACAAGGCGGAAAGAAGGAGGGAGCUGGCCGAACGCUAUGGCAACACAGAGGAUUUCACCUCCAAAUAUGUCCGAAGGGACAGAAAAAUUGGUGAGACAUCUGAAACAGUGUCUUCAGUUACCAAGGAGAAAGACAAACAUGAGGAUAAUGGAUCAGAACCAUCAUAUACCAGACGGGGCAUCAGAAGUAAAGCGUCGGAAUCUGUGGAGACUGUUGAGGAUAUUCAGGCAACACAGGGAAAUUCUCACCUCAAAAGAGACCCGAUUACGUCAGAGAAUGCCUCCUCUGUAAAGACGUCUUCUCAUUUCAGGCUGCUGGAAAGCGGUGACACAGAGGAGCCUAAGGAUGAAAGGAAACCCGUGGAGUCUGCCAAUCGAAGUGUAACUUCAAAGAUAUCUCAUUUGAUGGACCACGAAAGGACGGAGGAUGGAAGCAGCAGCCAGCGUUGUGGUGACAAACUAAAACAUCAGUGGAACAGCAGCAACGACGAGGAAUCAUCUACUACCAGUCUCCCUAAUGCUAAUAAGGAAAAGGCAAUGGAACAGUCCACAGAUGCAUCUUCCAGGAAGGAGGAGCAAGAACAUGCAGCCAGUUCAGAGGAAAAUCAGCCCUCCAGUUUGCACUCAGAUCGAACUCUUGCUGACUCGCCUCCUUCCAGUCCUCUCUGCCAGUCUGCGUCCUCGCUGCAGCGCCAAGACUCUGGGCCUCAAGGUAUCAAGGGAAUCCUAAAGAAAAGCCGCUCCACCAGUAUUGAGUCGGACCACAGCGACGGCUCCGUGCCCACACGCCUGCCUUCUCGGCAAACCAGCGUCACCCUGAGCCACCCUGAGAGUGAGGAGGAAGAGGAAGAGGUAGAAGAAGAGCUCAGCAGGGAAAGCGACAAUGAGGAUGCGUCAUUAAACAACGAUAUCAUGGAUGGAGGGAGUUACAGCACUGACAGAAGACAGAGGCGCAGCAGCAGCAGCAGCAGCAGCAGAGGGAGUUUUGAGGAGGUGCUAAGCCCCUCGCCUAACGAGAGCCAGGAGAACACCUCAACAAUGUCAGAGGAUGUUGACGAACUGGAAAGCAGUUUGGAUCAGAGUCUCAGCUCAUCGUUUAAACAAAGUAUGGCUUUGUUGACUACUGAGGAUGAUGAAAAGAAAGACAGACUGAAGAAGCCAAAGACAACUGAGCUGAUCCAGACAUCACUGGCUGAUCGCUUCAAUAAGCUCCAGGAUUCUGAAAAUGCCUGGAAGAAAAAGAAGUCCAACGUAGACCUGGCCCCAAAGAGGAAGCUAUCAGAUAGGAUGAAGAGCCUGCAGGAGAAGGAGGAGCAGUGGAAGAACAAAGGCAAAGGAGCAGCCAACGACUCGGUCCAGUUCACCGUGGCUGGACGAAUGGCCAAGAAAGGUCUCGUCUCAACCACAGCAAAGGACGAGUCACCUCUUGCCUCUAUGAAGAAGUCCAACGCCACACCUGUGAAACCUCUCGAGGAAAUCUCCAGCAGAAGUGACGUCAAAGUGGAAGGAGAUAAACGUCUCGACAAGCUGGAGUCCUUCUUAGACAAGCUUCACAAUAAAGGCGUGAGCAAAAACAAGACCUCCACCAUCGAGGUGACGGCAGAGAUGGAAAAGGAGGUGAUGAAGCCGGAUGAUGAGGAGACGUUCGGUAACUUCUACAGAGCCGUUUCCCCCUCUAAGCUCCUAGAGUCCAGUGUGGUUUUAACUGAGGAGGACCUCACUGAGCUUGAGGCCGACACAACAAAGCUCACCUCGGCUGUAGCUGAGCACAAGCGAGCGGUGCGACCAGCCCGAAGGAAUCAGGGCUCCAGGAACCCUCUGCGGGCUCUUGCUGCCCGCAACGACAUCCGGCAAGGUUACACGGAACAAAGGCUCAACGUGGCCUCAGUGGAGACCAAGAGGAUCCAAGUGGAGAGGAGCGUCGGAGAUGGCGUCAUUUGUUCAGGCCAAAAGGGACCUUGGCUGUAAGGCUCCUCAGGUGACGGUGCUGGAGGAGGGCAUCAACACCGAGAGCAGGUGGGCCAAAGAGUUCUGGAGCCUGCUCGGAGGGAAGACCAAAUACAGAGGGGCGGGUGAGCCAGAGGAGGAUGAGCUGUAUGAGAGUGGGGUUCUGGACUCUAAUGGGGUGUACAAACUUGAGGGAGACAAACUUGUGCCCCACGAAGAUGCCUGGGCCUCCAUCCCCAGUGUGACUUUGCUUAAUUCUAAAGAGGUUUUAGUGUUUGAUUUUGGCAGCGAAGUGUACGUAUGGCACGGGAAAGACGUGCCCUUGGGAGACAGAAAAGUGGCUGUCAAACUGGGCAAACAGCUCUACAGUGGCAGCUACGACUACAGCAGCUGCAGAGUCAACCCUUUAGACGCCUCCUGUACAAACACAGAUGUGCCGCAGCAGGGAGAGGGACGUCCCAGCUGGACUUUGUUUGGCCGGCUGUCGGAGCACAAUGAGACGUCCUUGUUCAGAGAGAAGUUCCUGGACUGGGCUGAGAGGAAGAAAGAGGAAACGGCUCCAAUAGAGGAAAUCAAGAGCCCAGACUGCUGCAGCCCGCGCUCCCCGUUUGACAUAGACCUGCAACCAUGUGAUGCAAAAGCUUUACUGGACAAUGAACCGAACCUGGUGAAGACCGUUCUGGAGGGGGUGGACGUCCAGCGGGGCUACGGCUUCGUGAGGACGGAGGAUGGAAGGCAGGCAGAAAUGGCCACGGUGGCUGUGGAGGCCUGGCACAUCAAAGAGCAUGGAGAGGAAGAGCUGCCCGUCGAAAGCCUCGGUCAGCUGCACGAGGCCGACGCCUACAUCAUCCGCUGGAAGUACUCCAUCACUACGCUUGUGGGGAAACGUCAGAAACCCGGAGAGCUGAGCGCCGGAGUUCCUGGACGCGAGAGGACGGCUUGUUUCUUCUGGCAGGGCCACCAGUCCAGCGCCAGCGAGAAAGGAACCUCGGCUCUGAUGACCGUGGAGCUGGGCAGCCACCGGGGGUCACAGAUGUUGGUGACUCAAGGAAAAGAGCCGCCCUGUUUCCUGCAACUUUUUCAGGGAGGUUUGGUCAUCCAUACGGGCAGCAGAGAGGACAGUUCUAACAACACGGGCAGUUGGAGGUUGUUUUGUGCUCGUGGUGAGGUAGAGGUGGAGGCCUCGCUGGUUGAGGUGGCGUGCCAGAGGUCCAGUCUGCGUUCUCGCGCCAGUCUGGUGCUGCUGAACGCUCAGAAAGGCUGUCUCUACCUGUGGCACGGAUGUAAAGCCCAAGCAGGUGCCAGGCUGGUGGCUAAAAGAGCAGCAGAUGAACUAACACAGAGGAGUUGCUCAGAACUGGGACUGAAGAGCAGUGGCAGGUUGAAAGUGGAGGAGGUAGAGGAAGGAUCAGAACCUGCAGAGUUUGAAGAGGCUUUAGGCCCGCGGGACAAGAAGGCUUACGACUGUAUGCUGCAAGAUCCAGGGAAGUACAACUACACGCCUCGACUGUUCCGGCUGAGCGCCAGCUCUGGCAUGUUUGGAUGGGAGGAGCAGCUGUAUUCAGCCAGAGUGACAGAGGGAGUGAUGGCCAUGCCGUUCCUGCAGGAGAACCUCUAUUCUGCACAGCAGCCAGCCUUGUUUUUGCUGGACAACCGCAUGGAGGUGUAUCUGUGGCAGGGCUGGCAGCCUGAAGACACACAGUCCACCGGAUCUGCAAAGAUGCGCUGGGACAACGAGAGGAAGUGUGCCAUGGAGACCGUGCUGCAGUACUGCAAAGAAAAGAAUCCCCGGCGCCCCCCUCUGGCCUACCUUGUCCUCGCAGGCUUUGAGCCGCUGACGUUCACAAACAUCUUCCCAUACUGGGAGAAGGACACCAGCAUCACCUCAAAUCCUGGGAGCUCAAAGAACAAGGUGAUCCUGGUGAAGGACGCUCUGUCCAAACUCAGUAAGCAGCAGUACUCCAUCGAGGAGCUGAGCAGGAAGCCCCUGCCAGAGGGAGUGGACCCUCUGCGCCUGGAGGACUACCUGUCUGAUGAGGACUUUAAGACACUUUUUGAGAUGAGUCGAGUUGAAUUCAACUCCAUGCCAAACUGGAAGCAGCAGAAUCUGAAGAAGAGUAAGGGUUUGUUUUAAAAAAAAACAUAAUGUGCACAGCUUGGUUGUUGUUAUUCUUUUAUUUUUUAUGAGUUUUUUUUUCUU